UAAUGCGUCAUCAUGUCUGGGAGGUGAUUUCAUUUUGUGACUUGAAUUUAUUAUAGUAAUGAAUAAGCAACUUGGUUCAUGUACGCUCAGUUGUAUAAUUAGGCAACGAAAUUAAGUUAGUUAUAUGGUACCUUUGUCGAAUACCAAGACUUGGCUAAGUGUGGCUGGAAGGAUACCGCAUAGACAAGAUGUAUCAAUGGAUCAUAACUUGGAACAGUGAACACUGUACGCCACACUUAUGAGGCGUGAUGUGGCCAUAACCAAAUUGACGUUGCCGUUUACGUUUUUAAAUAAUAUAUAAUAUUGGAUUUUACAUUUUAAAUAUUAUUGAUACAAGAUAUAUUUAAGGUCAAGGCGAAAUGAAGCUUUAAUUACCUGAAACAUAAAUUGAAUGAUAAUUUUCGCACGAAAAUCUCAACAUGGAAUCGCUCAAAUGUUGUAGAAUUUGUCUUGAAGUGGAUGGAUUCAUGCAUAAUUUGUCUUCGAAUACCUUGGCUUUCUACUAUUUGACAUUGACCGGCAUAAAUCCUCUGCCGAAGCUGAAAAUACCAAUGUAUGUAUGUUAUGAAUGUACUGCUCUAUUGAAGAAAUACUUUGUAUUUAGACAAAAAUGCCUUCGUGGUCAGGCAGUGCUCCAAGCACUUUUAUCAAAUAAUGGGGAGGUAACAGAAGAAAACUUAAAGGACAUAGGCAGAGAAAGUUUUGGCCUAACCUCAAGUCUAAAAAUUGUUGAAAAUGUCAGUUUUAAUUAUGACCCACAAGCUGACUUAAGAAAAACUUAUGAUCUACCAAAUAUUAUAAAAGAAGAGGAUAUUGUAAAGUUAGAGCAUGAUUACUUUUGUGAAGUACAAGAUGAUUCUAGUGACCCCAUUGAUGUAAAUAAUUCAGAAGAUAAUGACUUAAUUGAAAUCCUUGAAGAUGAUCUAGAUGCAGACCAUUUGGAUGAAAAAAUGGAGCAGCAAUCAUUCGAACAAAUUAUGCUUCAAGAACCAGAACCAAAUUUGUCAGUAGAAGUUGAUAAAAGAAUAACUAAGAAGGAUACAGAAGAUCUCAAUAAUUUUUUUACCAUAAAAUAUUUUACGAAACAAGAGCUAAUGGAUAAAAUGGAAUUGCGUAGAGAAUCUAUAAAAUACAAAUCGGCUGAGUAUAAAUGUGAACUUUGCUAUUCCUGGUUUCUUGAUAUACGUGGACAAGAAAAACAUGCAGGGCAACAUGAUCAGAUCCGUGGCGAGUUUUAUUGCGAAGAUUGUCACAUGUACUUCAGGACUAAGGAACAAUUACAAACACAUACUAAAUCGCAUCCAAGAUGGUUUUUGUGCAAGUUGUGUCCGCAGUCUUAUUCCAACUUGUAUCGGGCGAAACUACACCUCUUAUACCAUCAAGGUCACCAAUACACUUGCGAACAAUGUAAAGCAGUUUUCACAAACCGAAUUAUUUACUUAAGACACAUCCGAAAUCAUCACCCAAUUGACUUCACAUGCUGUUUCUGCGGAAUCUCGCGCACAUCCCAGAUAGCACUCAACGCCCAUAAGGCGCGUGAUCAUGAAGGCCUUCAAGAAGACGAUGAGGUGAUGAAUAUAACGGCGGUGCACUGCGAGACGUGUGAUAUAACGUUUACAAAUGGGAAGGCGUACAAUGUCCACUUGACCACAACUAUGAAGCACACUGGCAAGUAUAGAUACAGCUGCGACACUUGUGAUGAGAGAUUUUCGACUAAAAAGGAGAGAUUCAUGCAUUCAUUGAAAGUUCACAAACGGCGUCCGCGACGCAUUGAAAAACCGAUUAUUAUGAUAAAAGCAUCCUCGGAUAAAUCCCAGGCUAAGCCGAAUAUGCCUCGGGUUAAAAUAACAUUACCCACGAAGCGUCCGCUCAAUUCACUUCAAAAAAUUAAUUGGCCAGUGAAAUGUCAUUACUGUCCCGAUGCAUUAGUGUACAGCGAGCAGGAAAAUUGGUUACACCACCGUCGUCAGCAUCCAGAGAAGACAUAUAUGACCAUUAGGAGAAGAUUUAUUUGCGAGCAUUGUGGGAAGGGAUAUAAAACCCGACACAUACUCAAUUACCACAUGAACCUACACAAUGGUGUAACCCCAUUCAAGUGUGACGUUUGCAGUAAAGCGUUUUACUCGCGGACGCUUCUUAGAAAUCAUUUUGUGGUUGUACACUCCGAUGAAAGACCAUUCGUUUGCGACACAUGUGGCUUGGCUCUUAAGACAAAAGGCACGCUGCAUAAACAUAACCGGAUCCAUUCGGGCGAAAAACCCUUCAAAUGUGAUGUUUGCGACAAAGCGUUUGCAUUCAAAACAUCACGCAGGCUUCAUUAUGAAGGGGUUCAUUUAAAUAUUAAGAGAAAGAAGAAGAAGAAGUCGAAGAGAAAAGAGAGAGAAAAAGAUGAAGUGAAGGAGAAAAGAGAGAUAAUCCUGAACACUUCUUCUAAGUCUUCUUCGGUCGUCAAAUGAAUAUUUUUCAAUAAUACCAACACAUUUCCUGUAUAUUUUUAAUUAAGAGGUAAAAAUAAGUUUGAGUAUUAUAUUGUAAAAAGGUUGUUUGUAGAGUAAUAUAUCAUUACACACAA